AUGGCGGACGUCUACUCUCAUAUCCAUGAAUAUUACCGGCAGAGUCACGGUGAACUAGUGCAGACUGGUUCACCGGCGGUAUUGUGUUCGGCGCUUCCUGGGCAUUGGAGGUCCAAUAAAUCGCUGCCGGUGGCUUUUAAAGUGGUCGCAUUGGAUGACGUGCAGGAUGGCACUUUGGUCACCAUUAAGGCAGGGAAUGAUGAGAACGCGAUGGCGGAACUAAGGAACUGCACGGCGGUCAUGAAAAACCAAGUCGCAAAAUUUAAUGACUUGAGGUUUGUGGGCCGCAGUGGGCGAGGCAAGUCAUUCUCGCUCACAAUCACGAUCAGCUCAUUCCCCACACAAGUGGCGAGCUACAUGAAAGCUAUCAAAGUGACCGUCGACGGCCCCAGAGAACCUAGAACUAAGCAAAAUUAUGGCUAUGGCCACCCCGGUGCGUUUAGUCCAUUCCUGCUAAACCCCGGCUGGCUGGAUGCAGCGUACUUAAAUUACGCGUGGGCAGAUUACUUCAGACCCCCGCAAAUUCGGGAUCAGACCGCUGCCCUGGUAAAAGGUCCUAUCACCACGCCACCAGUCACGCUGCCAGGACCGGACCUGUUUCCGUUCCCACCAACGAUCACAAAUUUACCACCAGGUGGACUCAUUCCUCCUCCCGGCGCCUUCUUACCAAACGGACUUUUAUCCUUCCCGCCUCCAACAAUGAAAACAUUACCGCCAGAACUGUCAUUGAAAAAUGGAGUUAACCCCUAUGAUGCACUGAGGCAUCUACAAAAUAAUAUGUCAAUUGACACUUCGAGUUCAAGGUUAUCGCCAACAAGUAGUCGACAAAGUGGCAGUCCAAGGAGUCUUAUCAAUGCUAGUCCAGAUAGGUCAAAGGCUGAUUCAAAGUCCGAAGUAAAUUCCAUUCAUGAGGCGACAAUCACUGACGAAUCUGACGAAGAACCAAUUGAGGUGGUAAAAUCUGCGUUCCAUCCAACGCGGCCAGCAAAUGUAGAACUGCAAGAGAUGAAACGGGUACAAGCCGCCGAUUCUACGGUGGCUGAUAGACCAAGGGUCAAAAACGAUUUGAAAGCGCCUUCACAGCGCACUUCGAGAGUGCUCUCAACUAGUCCAACAUCAACCAAAAUUGUUAAUGGUGCGAUACCAACACACAAAUCGGUUUGGCGGCCAUAUUGA